GUAGCUCGGGACGGCUCUUCUAGCAGAGAAAGCUAACCCGGCAAACAACAAACCAGUCUACAGGAAAAUGCUUAGUUUUGGCGGACAAGAGUAGGGGAUGGAAGGGGAAGAAGUCAGAGUAAAGGAGAAUGAUGACAGGAAAGCUGGGAAAACAAUUGUGUUGGGACGGAUCUUCUAGCAGAGAGGGAGAGAGGGAGAGAGGGAGAGAGAGAAACAGUGAAGUACCCGAGCAGGGACGGAUCUUCUAGCAGAGAAAGCCAGCACGGCAAAGAACAAACCAGUCUACAGGAAAAUGCUUAGUUUUCGCGCACAAGUGUAGGGGGGAUGGAAGGGGAAGAAAUCAGAGUAAAGGAGAAUGAUGAGAGGAAAGCUGGGAAAACAAUUGUGUUGGGCAUCAGAACAGACUCCAAAAGUAGAGAGCUACUCACCUGGACUCUCGUCAACCUCGCCAUCUCUGGUGAUCGUGUCAUCGCCAUUCACGUUCGCCGCUUGUCCUACCCUUCCGUGCGUGCGGACCAAUACUUUGACCAGUUGGAGCCGAUGCGCAAAGCAUACGAAGGUUUCUGCCGCCUAAAACAGAUAGAUUUGGUUAUAAAGUUUUGUAGAGGCUUCUCCGUCCGCAGGACUUUGGUUCACCAGGCCAAAUCUUGCUCCGCCUCAUAUUUAAUCCUUGGGGAAUCCAAGAGCAGCAAUGCAAUUAGAUUUUCGUUGACUUCGAUCCCUAAAUACUGUGCUCAGAGACUGGCCCCUGGUUGUUCCGUUGUUGCGGUGAACAGUGGAAAUAUUGUUUUUGGAAGUGGGGCUGUAGAGACGAGGAGGUUAGCUGGGCACGAUGGCAAAGCAUCUAAAUUUCUCCUACUGCACAUGAAGAAAGGAGAACCAUUAGAAUAUUUGUUGGAGAUGAAAAGCCGGGAAGAUUACUUGCUAGAGGAGAAAUGCUCAGUCUGUGGCACUGUUUCUGGGACACAAUAUUCUAAUGUUGAUGGAGGCCUGCUGGAAUCUAAAUCAGAUGCUCCAAUGAACUCAAAUUUUUCUAUCACUUUUGGCACCCAAGGGCUUACUGAUGAGGUGGGAUCAAGCUGGUCUAUCUCUAGAAAGACAACCUUAACCCAUAGGAGGACCUUAUCCAUGGAGGGGUCUAGAACUCCUUUGUUUCAGUUGUCAAAGUGGAUUUCUGGUCGGUCAUCAACAUAUUCACCAAACCAUUCAGUUGGUAAGCAUAGAAGAUCUGAUACAUUCACAGCUGGUAGCCUUUACAAGGAAGAUAGUUUAUCCCCAUUCCAUCUUGAAGAGAGCAAUGGCCGAAUCAAUAUGGAAUAUUUGCAAGAGAAGUGUUCAUUGUGGUGCAAAUUGUUUAGUUAUACGGAGCUUAUGCAAACAACUUGCAACUUCUCAGUUGAUAGAUUGAUUGGAAAAGGUGGAAGUAGCCUGGUUUAUAAAGGCAUACUUCCAAAUGGAAAAGAAUUAGCUAUAAAGGUGUUGAAGCCAUCCAAAGAUUCAUUGCAACAAUUUAUUUCAGAAAUUGAUGUGAUCACCACCUUGAACCAUAAUAACAUCAUUUCUUUGCUCGGUUUUUGCUUGGGGGACAACAAAUUGGUACUAAUCUACAAUUUUAUGUCAAGGGGCUCCUUGGAAGAGGCCCUUCAUGGCUCCAAAGAGCGCAAUUGUGCGCUCCAUUGGGGUGAUAGAUAUAAAAUUUCUAUUGCUGUUGCCAAGGCACUCGAUUAUCUGCACGGUCGUGGUGGUGCUGAAUCUGUGAUUCAUAUGGAUGUUAAAUCAUCAAACAUCCUAUUAUCUGAGGAUUUUGUACCAAUGCUCUCGGAUUUUGGACUUGCUCGACGCCCAACAGGCUCAGUUUCUCACAUAUCAUGCAGCUAUCUUGCCGGGACAUUUGGGUACUUGGCUCCUGAGUAUUUUAUGUUUGGACAGAUCAGUACAAAAACGGAUGUUUAUGCAUUUGGUGUUGUGCUUCUUGAACUUAUUUCAGGAAGGAAACCUAUCUGCUCUGAUGGCCUUAAGGGUGAUCAAAGCUUAGUAAUGUGGGCUAUGCCAAUCCUUAGAAGUGGGAACUUUCAAGGAUUGGUGGAUCCAAGAUUGGAAGGUGAAUACAAUAUUGAACAAAUGGAGUGGAUGGUUCUUGCUGCCUCUCUUUGCCUCAAUAGGGAUUCCCAAUCUCGACCCACAAUGCCAUGUGUAUUGAAGCUUCUGCAUGGAGACAAAGCUUUGGUGCAGGCAAAAUCACAGUUUGAUUCCUCUGAAAACUCUUACAACUUACAAGAUGAUGAUCCAUAUUUGAUUCCUGAUAUUAAGUCUCAUGAAAGCGUACUUAUGCUGAAUUCAGAGGUUGAUUCUCCUUCUGCAAGCAGUAAUGAGCUUUUACCGGCUUUUACAACUGAUGGAACUUCUGUGGAGGAUUACUUGCUUGGGAGAUAGAUAUGGUCAUCCAGCCUAUAUUGACUAAUUCCAUAUAGAUUUGGUUCCUCUACUUUUUGUAGUUUUUUAUACUUGUUAUAGGCUCCAGGUAUUUUAUUUCAUGUCAUUUACUCUUUAUUUUUAAAUUUUUUAAACAGUACUCAAAUGAGAAACGGGAUACAUCUC